AGGAAGUGAGAAGAGCAGAGGUUUCAUUUCCUUGGUGAAGGUUUAUAUUUGUUCAGGUUCACACUCAAAAGGAGAAGUGCAUAGUAUGGUACAGGUUGCUUUUGAGAGACGACACAUGUCAUUCUGCAAAUAUUUGAGAGACGACACAUUGUGUUGUAUGCGAACUCGGACAUUCUUCAAACCACUGUACUACAUGUCAUAAUUGUGAUGGCAGCAGCCGACACAGAAGAUAAUCUGAACGGUGAGGCCGAACACCCUGGCGCACCCUUUCACGGCGAUGUGAACAAUCUGCUGGAAAUAGGUCAAGAAGGGAACAUCCAAGGAAAUGAAGAGUUUCUGGGCCCCCAGGCAGAGUACGAUGAGGAAGAGGAGGAGAGGAAGUACUACAGGAGGAAGAGGCUGGGUGUGUGCAAGAACGUUCUGGGGGCCAGUGUGGGGUGCAUGGUCAUCUACAGUGUUUAUAUGGGCCUACUACAGAUGCAGUUAAUCCUCCACUAUGAUGAGACCUACAGAGACGUGAAGUAUGGGAAUCUGGGUCUGGAGGACAUUGACCACAAGAUGCUGAUUGGGAUCAACGUUACACCUGUUAUUGGCCUACUCUACACCCCUGUACUCAUCAGGUUCCUUGGCACCAAGUGGAUGAUGUUCCUGGCCUCUGGGAUCUACGCCCUUUUUGUCUCGACCAACUACUGGGAGCGAUACUACACCCUGGUACCAUCGGCCGUGGCGAUUGGUGUAGCCAUCGUCCCUCUGUGGGCCUCUCUGGGCAACUACAUCACAAGGAUGGCCCAGCAGUAUUAUGAGUAUGUUAACUACAAGGAAGAGCAUGUCCAGGAGCAGAAGAAACUGCCCAAAGGAGCUUCUCACCAGUAUGUGAUUGUGUUCCAGGCUGUCUUUUACAGCAUCUUCCAUCUGAGUUUUGUGUUUGCGGAGUUCCCCAUGCGGUUCUUCAUCCAUGGCCUCCUACAGAAACACGAGCACACUCUGUUCCAUGUCCAGGACUGUGGUGCAAAUUCCACUGGGAUCCUCAUGGGGUUCAACAACACAGUGCUGAAGAGCCUCCCACGCUCCCUGCUGCUCAUCCAGGUGGAGAGUAUUCUCAUGGGGGCCGCCUUCCUCGCCAUGAUCAUAUUCCUAGUUGUUUGCGGUGCAGCGUACCGUCCCACUGAGGAGAUCGACCUGCGCAGCAUUGGCUGGGGCAACAUCUUCCAGCUGCCCUUCAAACACCUCAGAGACUACCGGCUGCGGCUGCUCUGCCCCUUCUUCAUCUACAGCGGCCUGGAGACCCUCUUUGCCAUCACUGGGCUCACCCUGUCGUACGGAGUAUGCACGGUGGGUCUGGAGUGGCUCUGGCUGCUGGUGGGGGUGUAUGGCCUCUCCUGCUCCCUCUUUUCCCUCCUCUCCCUCUCCCUCCUCCGCCUGCCACGCUGGGCCACUCUGGUAGCGGGCGCUGCUGUCCACGGUCUUCUGCUGCUGGUGCUGCUCUGGUGGUGCCCCAGACCCAAAACCCCGAGCCUCCUUGCCCCCCUCCUUGUCCUCACUGCCCUCUGGGGUCUGGGCUCCGCCCUCAACAAGACUGGCCUCAGCAGCCUGCUGGGGAUGCUCUAUGAGGACAAGGAAAGGCUGGACUUUGUGUACACCAUCUACCACUGGUGGCAAGCUAUCGCCAUCUUCAUUGUUUACCUUUGGUCCGGCCUCCCAAUGAGGGCUAAACUUUCCAUCCUAUUGGUCACUCUGAUACUUUCCUGUGUCUGCUAUUGGCUGAUGGAGCAACGUCAGGCCAAGAAGAUACCAGCCAGAAUCCCCCGUAUACCCCGCCCUCGACACAAGGUCAAAGGUUACCGUUACCUGGAGGAGGACAACUCAGACGAGUCAGACUCAGAAAAGAGUGACGAGGAAGAGGAGGAGGAGCAUGAAGGGGAGGAAGGAGGGGAGAUCAGGGAGGAUGUGGGCGGAGACUCAGGCUCACAGGGAUCUGAUUCACCGAGGGCCAGGAUGGGAGGUGCCAGGGAUCGACGGAGGCAAAAGGACGAGAGGGUAGGCCACGGGGAGUAGAGCUGUUCCAGAGAGAGAGGAGGGAGAAGGAGGGAGAGUUUAGGAGGGCACAGGAAGAUGAGGUGGAGAAAUGCAAAACAGAGAGGAAGUAAUCAAAAAUGAACGAUUCUACCACCACUGAGCUAAUUUUGUUUAUUGCAACUUCAAUAACAAAUGAAGUCAUCAUACUGUAUUUCUGACACAUACUUUUACCUGUUUGACUGAUUGUGUCUGUAUCUCAAAAGCGUAUCUUCUACUUAAUUCACACACUGGUUGGAAGGCACACUAGCAAGUUUAAUACUGUACUUUUGCCUUGAAAGAGAAAUUGGGUUUUUGAUUACAGCAGUACAUAAAAGAAUGAAUGACGAUCUCUAACUCAAGAAAGGGAGGAGUAAUUGAGUAAUAAAGGUUCUUGUGACUCUGAAAAGAGGAAUCACUUUGUCAGCACUGUACUCACUUCCUCUCAGGUGUCUACAGAGAUAUAUGUUUAUCUUGGACUCUGGUACUUUUAGUGAGUUUGAGCACAUUGAAAACAGAUUUGUGUUAUGUUUUCUUGAUGUAUCUUCUUAACGUGCCAUGUUUCAUCGUUAUAUAUAAAUAGAAAAGCUAAGUAGAAGUGUUUGAGUAUAAUUCAUUUUGCUUGUGUAGGCUGCUGUAAAUGUUCCUGAGGAUGAGUGUCACAGUGUGUUUUUGUUGAAACCGUUUUAAUUAGGCUUUUCGCAAGGAUUCCAAUGAAAAACGUCCAUGAUUGGAUGAUCACCAAAAUGUCAAACAAACACACCCCUUAUUGUGAGAGGACAUUUCAGUUGUUUCUGACAAUUGAAAGGGUCACCAGAAAGCCCAAUUCAUUGUGUUCACUUACUUUGUACUGAUGCAUACAAGAAUAUGUAAAGAUUUAAUGAUCUCUAAACAAACUCUGUACUUAUUUGAUUCAGAAAUAGUAUGCUGUUAUUGUGUUUUCAAUGAUUAAAUAAGUUCAGUGACUGGGAUCAUUAA